AUGCAAAAGAAUGCCUGCAUUUCGUGCCGUACGUCGAAGCUUCGGUGCUCGUUGGAGACAUUUGCAGAGCAUAACAAGUGUAAGCGCUGCUUCACCACCAACAACGACUGCAUUUUCAAGACCGUUGCGCCAAGACAGAGGAGGAAGCGCACCGAUACGCGCGUCACAGCUUUAGAACAACGCCUCGCAGAGCUGCAGGCCUCAAUAGACUCGCAAAAGUUGAGACGGUACGACAAUGGCAUAGUGCGCACCACAACCAGCAGGAGUGUCCUCCAGGCACCGCCGCCAAUAUCUCAACUUGUCAAUGCUAGUGAGACUGCAGCGCUAGUUGAAGACAGAAAGUGGCUGCUUCAAGAACAAGAGGACAGAGGAAAACUGGCGGAUCAUUGUCACUUGCAGUCGUCGCUGGAGACGGUGCUUGCCUCGAAUCUACUGUCAACAAGCAAAGCUAUAGCUCUAUUCAACGACUUUGCCAGCAAUGUCCUCCCUCAGUAUCCAAUCGUGGCCUUUUCCAGUUACGAAAACUUUGACUGGCUGAGGAGACGCCAGCCUACGUUACUCUUUGCGGCCAUCACCGCAGCAUGCAGAGCAUCUGAUCCAGUCCUCUUUCGAAAGCUUCAUCUCCAAUUACGAGGUGACCUAUCAGAGCAGGUCAUGGUCCGUGGGCACAAGUCUGUUGAGCUGGUCCAAGCCAUUCUGGUAAUGGUUGAGUGGUACGACACACCCGACGACAUGGUGCAAUUGAACUUUUACACAUGGAUCCAGAUUGCAGGCUUAAUGGUGCGUGAGCUGGGUCUCUGGCCCUGGAACGAGGAGAUUUCAGCCGUGGAGCAUACCGCCGUUGAGUGGCGCACGUCAUUUGCUGCCUAUCUAACCAUGUCGAUUGCCGCUGUUAGCCUCCGUCGACCAAUGUCAUUGGUUUGGACUGAAAGUAUGCGGAAGGGGUUGGAUGCUUUCGACAAGGACAGUGUGAACGACAAUGACAAACGAUUGGUUGCAUGGGUGAGGCUGCAGAUGAUAGCAGAGGGCGUCGAAGCAUUGAGAAUCAAGGUACAUGCAUCAUUGGCGCUGCCUGGAGCUGAUGCUGCAAGUCCUGUCGAUCAGCAUACUAUCUCGUCACUAGAGAGCCGUUUUGCUAGAUGGAGAGAUGCUGCUCAGCCUGUACUGAACGGCUCGCUCCGGAUGCAUUUCUUUUACUGCCGCAUCAAAUUUUAUGAGCUGGCCGUCACAUGCAGUCCAACAAGCUCAGCAACACACCCAGAGACGCAGCCACCGGGCUUGGCAGUUGUUAGGGAUAUGGCCUACAUCCGAGCCAUCAUGUCUCUCAUACAGUCUAGUCAUUCAGCUCUGGAUACCCUGGUACUUUUUGACAUUGCAACGUAUCGCCGCUGUCCCACCGUCACCAGCAUCCGGGCACUUUAUGCACUGCAGGAGAUUAUCACAGUAUGGAAGUCGGUAUACCAUCAACGGGGAUAUCUGUCCGAGUUUGUGAACGAGGAGGUGCUGGCACUCUCGUUCUACGCCAGGCAGACGGAAGAGUUCUUUAAGCAGGCAACAGGGACAGAAGGGUUCGCCAUUCCAAAAAUGGCACUCAACGCGCUGGCUAAUGUCUUGUUCUCUCUCGGAGAUAUGAAGAGUCACAAAAGACGAUACCGGGUACAACAGCCGGAGCUUGUUGGCCAAGAAAAGCAGCAGGGACCAGUCAGAGCGCCACGUCGGAUGGCCAAUGACCUGGACGUAAUCUUAAUUAUUGACCUGGGCAACAUCCAGGCGCCAUCUGCGGAGCAUGUCCAGGCCCAGGGCCAGGGCCAAGAACGGGAGCAAGACCGGGACUGGGAUGAUGUGCGAUCGGAUACAACACUAGAGUGGCCGCCGACAUCCAGUACCAAUGACGGGUUCAGCGUUACGCUGGGAGAUGUGCUUUUGGCACCAGAAUUAGAAGCCAUGACGGCUCCAGAUUCGGUAAUUGACCCGGGCUGGUUAUUGUCAGAGUGA